AUGCCUCCACUCAUGGGCAAGGAGCUAGUCAUAUUCAUGUUUGUUGAGAUUGAAAAGUUCACCCGAAGAGGAUGCAUUGGGAAUGUAACCGGUAUCUGCUUGCCAGAUGGAUUUGGAGAUGAUCUGAUAAUUGAAGUCCAUGAUUCGAAGGGAAAGUAUUGCGGGCAUGCUCGUGUUCAGGUGGCUGACAUUUCUGAUGAAUCGGGGAAUAAGCAUUGUCAGUGUUUUAUAUCUCGGGAACCAGAGCAAGAAAAAGCUGGGAAAAAUACAGCUAUACAUCAAACUAUUCAACCACUGCAGAUGAAAGUAGUUGCAAGGUAUGCAGAUGAAUAUAGUUACAAGAUAUAUGCAGAUGUUUAUAGUUCAUGCUUAACGCCUAUUUCGUACAAAAUCAAGAUUCCAUCCUUCGGCGAGAGUGGCAUGACUAACUAUGUGUUAUGUCUAGUACAUCUACAUGUGUAG